AUGGGUGUGCGACUAGUUGUUCAUCUGAUACUAGUAUUUGUAAUAAGAGGAGUUGUCGCAGCCGCUGCAGUUGACGAGUGCAGGCCUAUGAGAUGCUCCAAAUAUGGCCCAGAAAUUCGGUUCCCCUUUCAGCUCAAAGGCCGGCAGCCUGAGCACUGUGGCCUCCCCGGCUUUCAAGUUUCUUGUCGCAGAGGCAAGGUUUUAAUGGAGUUCCAAUACUUAAAAAACACAUCUCUCUCAGGAAUCCAGCUCCUCACUAGUCAAGAGGUAGAACUCCUAUUUAUUGAUUACACAAGGCAAAGCACAUCAUACGGUAUUAAUUACAGCAAACUAAGACUUGUUUCGACCCUAGAUCCAUUGUCAUCUGCAAUAACUCCUCCUCCCAUGGAUAUCUACGUCUUAUACGAGGACACCACAUGUGUCACCUGUUCCUUAAGAACUGGAUCUGAAAUUUACCCGCCCACUAAAAUGGUCACUUCUCUUAGUGGAGAAGAAAUUCCAGUCAAAUGUUUUUGGGACUCCUAUAUGAACAUUAGUGAACCAUCUAUGACCUCCUGCACCAUACUUUUUAGAUCUACUAUCCCGCCAGAUUAUACUGAUGCUAGGCCUCCCAUUGGAAUCGUGACUAAUUGGGAAGCUCCAGAUUGUAAGAAAUGCGAAGCCAAGGGGAAGGCCUGUAAGCUUUUAAAGAAUGUCAGCAACAGUACCAGACCAACUGAUUACACUACUACAUGUUUUUCCAGAGUUCAGCAUCAUGAUUCAAUCAAGCCAGUACAAGUUGAAAUCCCAGGUGCUACUCUUGUCAUGAUUGGUCUCAUAGUUUUACUGUAUUAUUCAAUCAGAUCACAUAGACAAAAGAAAUAUGAUGAAUUGAAAAUCGAGCUGUUUCUAGCGAAUUACCGAGCCAUGAAGCCGACAAGAUACUCCUAUGCUGAUAUCAAGAAAAUCACUAGUAAUUUUAGUCAUGAAUUAGGACAAGGAGGUUUCGGAUCAGUCUACAAAGGUCAAAUUACCAGUGACAUUAUUGUAGCGGUUAAGGUCCUAAAUAGCGAUCCAAAAGCUAAUGGGGAAGAUUUCAUCAAUGAAGUGGGAACUAUUGGACGAAUCUAUCAUGUUAACGUGGUUCGUUUGGUGGGGUAUUGUGCUGAUGGCUGCAACCGAGCUCUUGUCUACGAGUUCCAGCCUAAUAAUUCUCUAGAAAAGUUCAAAUACUCUGGUAAAAAUCACAGCAACAAUUUCCUAGGCUGGGAGAAGAUGCAAGGAAUCGCUCUAGGCAUAGCUAAAGGAAUUGAAUAUCUUCAUCAUGGGUGCGCUCAGCAGAUCCUGCAUUUUGACAUCAAACCUAAUAAUAUCCUGUUGGACUGUGAUUUUAAUCCCAAAAUUUCUGAUUUUGGUUUGGCCAAGUUGUGUUCCAGGGACCAGAGCCUUGUGUCUAUGACUAUGGCUAGGGGGACCAUUGGCUACAUCGCCCCAGAAGUAUUUUCUAGAAAUUUUGGAAAGGUGUCAUCGAAAUCAGAUGUUUAUAGCUUUGGAAUGUUAUUGCUUGAAAUGGUAGGGGCAAGGAACAACAAUACAGGUGAAAACAUAACUGACACAUACUUUCCCGAAUGGAUUUAUCAUCAUUUAGAGGACGGUGGAGAAAUAGCAAUCGAAAUAGAGAAAGAAGAAGAUUCAAACAUAGCAAAAAAACUUACAAUUGUGGGACUAUGGUGCAUAGGGUGGCAUCCGGUGGACAGACCAUCAAUGAAACGUGUUAUCAAUAUGCUAGAAAGUCAAGAAUGUCCGGCAAUGCCCCCUAAUCCCUUUGGAACAUCAAGCGUAAGGUCAUUUGCAACUGAUCUAGAAGCCAUUUCUGAGUCUGAGUGAUAUAUUAUAGUCAGAACUACAUUCCUGUCUAACAUGCCAGAUUAUUUAGUUAUACUUUCCGUAUGAAUGUUAAUAUGUUAUGUUCAUGUAGACUGUAGUGUUUUAUUUGAAGUA